AGAUGGUUUCAUGUCAAUGAUAAAUAGCUCAUUGUUUCUGAACCAUAUCAUCUCCUUCAUCACACCAUGAAGGGAGCUUCUUUCAAGCUGUCGAUUCUGAUUUUCGUCCUUGUGGCUUUCGCUUCGUUUCUUUGUCCAUUUACAGCAGAAGCAAGACACAAGCACGUGCAUCAUAGUAAUUGCCACCAUCGUCGUGGACGUCCUGAUCCAGCACCAACACCGGCGCCUGUGCCAGCAUCUAAUGAAGGCAUACCACCAUAUCAAAUCCAUGGUUGUGGUUACCCAUGUAGUGACUCCAACGACUGUGAUUGGCCUUGUACAGAAUGCGGUGUCAACAGAACUUGUGCUUAUGAAGAGCCCUUCUUUCCAUCACCAUCACCUGUUCCAUCACCAAGUAUGGAAACCCCAACACAAGAACCACCACUGUCACCAGCACCGGCACCUGAUAAUGGCAUUGGCGUAGGUGUGCCACCAUAUCAAAUCCACGGUUGUGGCUACCCAUGUAGUGACUCCAAUGAUUGUGAUUGGCCUUGUACAGUAUGUGGUGUCAACGGAACUUGUGCUUUUGAAGAGCCAUUCUUUCCAUCAUCACCUGUUCCAUCACCAAGUAUAGAAACUCCAACACAAGAACCACCACUAUCACCAGCACCGGCACCUGAUAAUGGCAUUGGCGUAGGUGUGCCACCAUAUCAAAUCCACGGUUGUGGCUACCCAUGUAGUGACUCUAAUGAUUGUGAUUGGCCUUGUACAAUCUGUGGUGCUGACCAAACCUGUACUUUUGAUGAACCCUUCUUUACAUCACCCUCGCUUGCUCCAUUACCUCUCACAGAAGCACCCAUUCCACAAUGGGUACCUGGUAAUGGUAUCGCGGCACCACCAUAUCAGAUUCAUGGUUGUGGUUACCCAUGUAACGACUCCAAUGACUGUGAUGCACCCUGUACAGUCUGUUGUGCAAACUAUACCUGCUGUUAUGAUGUGGCUGAUCCUGAGUACAUGCUACCACCUAUGUCACCCUCUGAGCCACCGAAAUUAUUACCUCUUCCACCAUCUCCACCUCCAUCUACAGAGGAUGUAGAAAAUGAUGAUAUGUUUGCACCACAACCUGCUUAUGAUAUAGGAACGCCUGCGGAACUUCCACCACCAGGAUACGAAUUCCCGCCGUAUCAAAUCCAUGGUUGUGGCUAUGGCCCCUGCAUGGACUCCAACGACUGCGAUUGGCCCUGCACAUCCUGCUGCUCUAAUCAUACAUGUUGCUAUGAGGAGCCUAUGUUUCGAUGAAAAUCCUCAAACACACAAAUUCCAAAGAAAAAGUAUAGUAACACAAUGUAAUAAAACUUAGUGUUCCUGUAUUACUUAAAAUCACAUUUGACCUAUAUUCUUCAAUUGCUAUGUCAUUGUCUAAUGAUUGAAAGCAAGUACUUUUAUUUCUGUGUCAUACAAAUGUAAGCAAGAUCAAUAAAGAAUAUAUACAACUACGUUAAUCAA